ACCUAGCUAAGAAAGUUAAAAAGAAUGGAAACUGACACAAAUGGCAAAUCAAAUUACAGUAUGUAAUGAGGUCUAUACACAGUUAUGUAAAGUUGAGUUUAAAUAGAAGAUUCAUGGUUAUGUAACAUAAUUUACAAAUACUGACCUUAAGCUUUGAUUGUCAGUCACAAUAAAUGAAUCGAUUUGUGGAUCUUAUAGGAUGGGGGAAUGCACCAAAAGAAGAAACUUAUCGAUUCCCAGAUUUCGGACCUGUGGACAUUCCUAACUAUAAAACAUUUUUAGAGGAGUCAAGAGGGCAGUUUUUUGAGAAAUGGGCGUCUUUGCAAGGAAAAGAAGAACCAGUUAAGCUAAAAAAUAAACAGUGUUGGUUAAAAAGUUUUACAAGAUUAAAAUUGAUUGGCUCAGGAUCUUUUGGCCAAGUUUACCUUGUAAAAAAUGAACAAACUGGCAAUGUGCAUGCCAUGAAAGCUGUUCUAAAAAAGACAGUGGUUGAAUUGAGACAGAUAAACAAUACAAGAACUGAGAAAUUAGUGCUGGAAUGCUCCGACUGCCCUUUCACUAUGCGUCUGGACUAUUUCUUUAAAGACUACAGCUAUUUGUAUUUUGUCCUACCUUUUAUACAAGGUGGAGAGUUAUUUCAACACCUUCAAAGUUUAGGCAAAUUUGAUGAAUCAUUAGUUAUGUUUUACCUUUCUCAGGUAAUCUUGGCACUGGAAUAUCUCCAUUAUUUGGACAUCGUGUACAGAGACUUAAAGCCGGAAAAUAUUUUACUAGAUCACACGGGGUACAUAAAACUUACUGACUUUGGAUUCUGCAAACAUUUGAAGAAUGGCAGGACGUACACAUUUUGUGGAACAAUUGAUUAUUUGGCCCCAGAAAUAAUAUUGAAUGAAGGUUACGGUAAAGCCGUGGAUUGGUGGGCAGUAGGAGUUCUUGCGUUUGAGCUAACAACUGGGCAGGCCCCGUUUAAGGAUAAAUCAGAGGUAGCAAAGUUGAAAAAAAUCGUCAAUGGAAAAUACACAUUCCCUUCAUUUAUGAGUAUAGAUUUAAGGCACCUUAUAACCCAAGCUUUGCAGAAAGACCUUACAAGACGGUAUGGCAACUUGAAAGAUGGAGUUGAUGACUUUAAAAACCACAAAUGGUUUAAACCUUUGAAUUGGCAAGCAGUAGUUUGUAGAAAAGUUUUACCCUCAUAUGUACCAGAUGUUGAGGGGCCGACUGACCUGAAGCAUUGCAGAAAAAUUAGUUACAAGUCACUGACUGUAGCUGACAGUCUUGAAUAUGCUCAAGAGUUUGCUGAUUUUUAAGAUCAGGUAGAUGACCAUGGGUUACAGUUUAAGAAGGAAAUACAAGAACAAAAAUAAAUGUAGGUAUAUACCAUGAAUUGUUACAAAUAAAAAAUCCACUUAAUUCUAAGCAGUACUACGCUAAAAGACAACAAAAGGAAAUGCCUCUUGAUAUAGUGACACUUUGUUACAAUGUAUAAUGUUCAACAACUUUAACUUGGUUGAAAUGUAUAAAAAGGGUAAUUGACUAUAGUUAAUGGAUCUUAGAAAGAACUUGAUAAAUAUAUAAAUGUACACUGUAUGUGAAUUAUUAAUUUUUAAUUAAUCAUAAGAAGUUCCAAUUCACACACAGUAAAUAAUGUUCCUUUUAGAAUG